AUGGCGGACUGGGAGGGGAUCCCGGCGCGGGAGCGGCGGCAGAUGGAGGAGAUCCUGCAGCUCGACAUGGAGGAUCUCAACGUCGAGGUCGUCGACGACAACGAAGAGGACGAGGAGGAAGUGGAGGGUGACGGCAGCGACGAGGACGACGACGUCGAUGCCUUCCUCAGAGAUAACAAUGGGGAUGGAGUGGCUAGCACCUCUGGGCCAUUCACAUUCAAUACAUCUCUAGCCUCAUUGCACACCUACCUUGGUGAGGUUGACGAUACUCAGGGUAGAGUUACUCUCUUAGAUGGUGGCACAGUCCUCAACUUACCAAUGUUUUAUCUUCAAGGUGUUGUUCUAUUUCCUGGAGCUACCCUGCCUCUCAGAGUAAUUGAGGAUAGAUUAGCAGUAACUAUCGACAAAGCUUUGAGGCUGGUCGAUGCUCCAUGCACAAUUGGUGUGGUCCUCAUGCGUCGACUCCCAAAUCAUCGACACUAUGCUACUGCUUCCGUUGGAACAACCGCAGAGAUACGUCAACUUGGAAGGUUGGAUGAUGGUUCAUUAAAUGUUGUUGCCCGUGGGCAGCAACGAUUUCGUCUUAGGAAGCAUUGGAUUGAUGUUGAUCGGGUGGUGUGGGGUGAGGUACAAAUUAUUGAAGAAGAUACUCCCUUGAGAACUCCUAGAGAUGCAUUUGCUCAGCUAGCUGCAUGUAAUAGCUUCAAUCUGCACGCUUCAUCAUCAGUCAUCAGUUUGGAUAUGUCUCCUAUCAAACAAGACCAUAUAGAUUCAGAACUAGAGUGCGAUACUCCAUCACCAAACAGUAAUAUAAGCAAACCUUCAUCAAUGGACACAAGGUUGUGCUAUCUAGGUUCACAGUCAAGUGACUCGAUGAAGUCAUCCUCAGAUGAAGACGGAGAUUUGAUGCACACGCAGUUUUGGAGGCGGAAGCAACAUUCUGUGAGGGAAAGUGGCGCAUCAAGUCAUUCAGACAAGAAGACCAACAUGAGCAAUGAGAACGAUCUUUGCUUGACGCCUCUCCAAUCAUUGCCAGUAGCAAAAACAAGAGAUGCUAAGUGGCGGCGACAGAACCAUGCUUACUCAAAGCAGGCUUCUCAGGCACCAUUAUCAUUUUGGCCUCGGUGGGUAUAUGAAAUGUAUGAUUCAUAUACACUUGCUCGCAGCGCUGCAGAGUUAUGGAGACAGAUAAUUGCAAACCCAAGCAUGGACGAUCAUGUAAGAAAGCCAGAUAUUUUGUCAUUUCACAUUGGAAGCAAACUUCCAGUCUCAGAAUCUGUGAGACAAAAACUUCUGGAGAUUGAUGGAAUUUCAUAUCGCCUACAAAAAGAAAUUCAGCUUCUCAAGGCCUUUAAUCAUAUUAAAUGCAGAAAUUGCCAGUCUCGUAUAGCAAAACGUAGUGACAUGGUGGUGAUGUCUACUGAUGGGGUUCUUGGUGCCUAUGUCAACCCUCAUGGUUUUGUCCAUGAGACGAUUACAGUCAGCAAUGCAACUGGGCUAGCUCUCAUUGGCAAUCCGUCUAAGGUUCACAGCUGGUUUCCUGGAUACUCGUGGACGAUGGCAGCAUGCAUGUCCUGCGAGUCCCACAUAGGCUGGCGAUUCAGAGCCACCAAGAAGAAUCUGCGGCCUAGGUCAUUUUGGGGGAUCCGCAGCUCACAAAUUGCAGAUGACACAGAAGUAGAUCAGAGCGACUGA